AUAACCACACACAUAUAUACACACACAUACAUAUAUACAUACAAAACCAAAUACAACUACAUUGUUCCUAUCUCUACGUCAUCAUCUGUCCCAUCAUCUCCCAUGUGCUUCCUAUUAUUCUAUCAAUAAAACUUCAAAGCUGCACUGUUGGAGUUGGCCUAUUCCUUCUGACCGAGGAAGAUUCAAUUGACGAGACAUCCGUAAUUAGCGCAAGCUAGCACGCAGUCUUUUACAGUGGUCUUUUGGUUUUAUGUGCAGAAUAUUUCCCUCAUCUGUGAUCAGUCCUCAGCAACACCUCAACUAAAAUAUCCUGCCUCUCAAUGUUAUGGCUUUGGGGUUUGUGCUUCUCUUGUCCCUCCUGCUCCUGUCCCCACACCCGUCUCUGGGUGUGUCUUCUCCCUGUCCUGCUGGCUGCCGCUGCUACAGCCUCACAGUGGAGUGUGGCUCCACCGACCUGAGGGAUAUCCCCAGACUCAUUCCUCCUUCCACUCAGACCAUCUUCCUCCAGGACAAUGUGAUCAGUCAGAUUCGCCGAGUGGACCUCACACUGCUGAAGCACCUUCAUUAUCUGUAUCUGCAGAACAACACCAUUUCAGGUGUGGAGCCUGGCUCUUUUCGGGACCAGAGUCAGCUGUUGGAGCUCGCCCUGAAUGGAAACCGGAUCCACUUGCUCACACCGAACAUGCUUCAGGGGCUUGAACAGCUCCGCAUACUGUACCUGUCAGGAAAUGAUAUCACACGCCUGCUGGACUACACCUUCCAGGAUUUACAGCGUCUGCAGGAGCUCCACUUGCAGCAGAACAGCAUAGAGAUGAUAGCAGACAAGGCUCUGUUUGGUUUGACUUCUCUGGCUCUGCUGGACCUGAGUAGGAAUAACCUCCACACCAUUGGUCCUACAUCCCUGCGGCCGCUGGUUAGCCUGCAGGUACUGCGGAUUACAGAUAACCCCUGGCGCUGUGAUUGUGCUCUCCACUGGCUGAGGAGGUGGAUUGAUGAAGAUGGUCAGCGUCUGCUCAGCUCCGCCGAACGCCGGCUGGUCUGCAAUGAGCCACCACGUCUUUCCCACCUCAGCCUCGUGGAAGUCCCACUCAACAGCCUGGUGUGUAUCCCUCCAGUAGUUCAGCUGGAACCAAGAAGGUUGGCAGUCCAUCUGGGGGAGAGCCUCAGGGUGUCCUGCCAUGCCUCCGGCUAUCCUCGGCCACAAGUGACUUGGAAGAAAGCAUCUCAAAGUCAAGUGGUGGACUCCCCUCGGGGUCUGGUUCAUGAUCUGGGUGCUGGAGGAGGGGAAGGGUCAGAGGAGCCGUCUGAAGGCAGAGUCAGCCUCCAGAAGACCGCCGGAGAGUAUUUUGACCCUGACACUGGCAGUGGCAUGCUGUUCCUCAGUAAUGUGACUGUGGCCCAUGCAGGUUUUUAUGAAUGCGAAGCCUGGAAUGCAGGAGGUGUAGCCAGAGUGACUUUUCAGCUCGCUAUCAACUCAUCCACUUCUUCCUCAAUCUGGGCCUCAUGGUCUCAGGUUUCCUCAGCGUACUCCCCAGCUUGGCCCCGGCUGAGGAACCACAGCCCGGUUUUGGGUUCUGAUGUGAGCCGGGAGCCGCUAUACGCUCUGGGUAGCAUGGCCUUCAGUGCUCUGGGAGCUGCCACUCAGACUGCCAUCGCUGUGGGCAUCUCCCUGCUGGCUUUGACUGCUCUGCUGCUAGUAGCCAUGAUCUACAGCCGACAUCACCAGCGGGACAAGGACGCCGACGUUGCUGAAAAGGAGGAGAGCAUCCUGUACGUGAAUGACUACUCUGACGGCCCCACCACCUUUGCCCAGCUAGAAGAGUACCGUGAUGAGCAAGGCCAUGAAAUGUAUGUACUGAACAGAGCCAAGCCUGUGCUUCCCCCUGCUCCACCCACAGCAGUCUCCACUACCAAUCUGGACUGCCACGCACCAUCCGACACCUCCAGCCAAACCCUGUCCAUUGGGCCAGGCAAAACUACAAAUCCCACUGUCCCUCAGAACAAACAGGAGCAGCAAGAGAUUGACAUUCGAACCAUGAGACGCAUUGCAGGGGAAGGAGGGGAAGCGGAGCCUAUUAUCACAUCAGAGGCAGAAGGGUUGUUUCUCAACCACACUGGGGUGUUUAUGGAAUCUCAGAUAGCUUAUGAGAUCCACUGCUAAAGGACUGCAGACAGACAGAACUGUACCUUUGAAAAACCUCAUGGUUUCAUUUAGCGAUGAAUGAUAAAGGCUCCCCCUGCUGACGCGUUCCGGAACACCAGACUCACCCAGGACUGACUCGAACAAUCCUGAACGAGAUAAAGCUCACAACCUGAAAACAGUUCAGAGAUAACCCACAUCUGAUGGAACUGUAUGAUGAGCGCUCAGAUAGUCUAUUGGGUUAUCUGCUACUAAAUACUGGUUUUGGAGGGGAGCUUUGGGGCUGGCCUCAUCUUUAUGAGACCAUGACAUCUCAUAAACACUACACUAUUAGUGUGGAAAGAAACUGGUAAAAAGUUGACCACGCUAUAAAGUUUUUCCCGUUAAGUUCUAGGGAAAGCUUGUGUGGUUGGAUAACAUGUUCAUCGAUGUACAGGAACUUUGUUGAUCCACUAGAAGGAUCAGGUGGACAAAAAUAGAGUUUUGUAGAUAUAGAUAAAAUAUUUGAAAUCUGAUUCCCAUCUCUUGCUGCUAUCAUCAUUAUAACUUGAUGUUACAUUCUGGACAAUAAAAAAAACAGGGUUUUUCCAUUCUUUCCUCCUCCAACAUUUACACAUGUGGACAAAAGUGUUGGUACCCCUCACUUAAUUAACGAAAAACCCACAGUGGUCACAGAAAUAACUUGAAUCUGACAAAGGUGAUAAUAAAAAAUAAUUCUAUGAAAAUAAAUGAAAGCCAGACAUUGCUUUUCAAACACGCUUCAACAAUUAUGUAAAAAAAUAAACUCAUGAAACAGCCCUGGACAACAAUGAUGGUACACUUAACUUAAUAUUUUGUUGCACAACCUUUCAAGGAAAUCACUGCAAUCAAAUGAUUCCUACAACUGUCAAUGAGACUUCUGCACCUCUAAGCAGGUAUUUUGGCCCACUCCUCAUGAGCAAACUGCUCCAGUUGUCUCAGGUUUGAAGCCUUUUCCAGAUGGUAUGUUUCAGCUCUUUCCAAAGAUGCUCAGUCGGAUUCAGGUCUGGGUCCAUAGAAGGUCUCUUUAGAACAGUCCCAUGGAUGUUAAAUUUCUGAGUAAUAUGUGCAACUGUAGUCGGAGGAACAUCAAGCUGCUUGGAGAUGGUCUUAUAACCUUUACCUUUAUCGUGCUUGUCUAUAAUUUUCUUUCUAAUCUCCUGAGACAACUCUUUCCUUUGCUUCUGCUGGUCCAUGUUGAGUGUGAUACACACCAUGCUACAGUGACUCCAGGUCACUGUAGCACAGUGACCUGUAGACCUACAUCCAAUCGCAACUUGGAUGGACCUACAUCCAAGUUGCCAUUGUUCAAAUUCACAAAGUCUUGCACUUAGUCCUCAUAACUUCUGAAUUUUUUCAGCCACCACGAUGGGGGUCUCCUUGCAUCUGCAAGAAUGUAAUCAAGUGGACACACCAUCAUUUAACAUGUCCCUUUAUUUGGUCACAUUAUCAUCAGUUUUGUCCAGGGCUGUUUCAUGAGUUUAUUUUUUAACUUAAUUCUGUUGAAGCAUCAUAUAUUUAUUUUCAUAGAAUUUUUAUUAAUUAUCACCUUUGUCAGAUUCAAGUUAUUUCUGUGACCAUUGUGGGUUUUUCAUUCAUUAACCGAGGGGUAUCAACAAUUUUGUCCAUGUGUGUAGGAUGGCAAUCAGGAUGACAACUUGGAUUUUAAUCAGUGUGGGCCUCUGCAACAGAGGUAGACUGAAUAAGGGAUGUCUAGAACAUGUAGAUUUCAGUAAUUUGUGGAUAAACCAAAAGCUAUGUUUCAAAAUGUGCCAUUUGUGCUUUAGAACAUGAAAGACAGAAGUUUGUAAAUAAAGGUCUAACGAUGA